UAACCUCUUGUUUUUGUGCUUAGUUCCAACGCAUUGUCUUAGCGGUAGUCGUCGUCCUUUUUUCACCAGCACGCACACUCCAACCAGCUAGCCAGCAUUUUUAUUUCACCAUGUCUGUCGUAAACCAACAAUACCCCAGCGAGGGGCAGAGCCGGAAGCUCGAGGCAACAGUAGUUCCAAUGGAGAGUGGCGCCGACGUAUCUGCGGAACAGUCCCCGGCCGAAUCGAUAUCCGCACCAAAAGAAGAUCCCCUCGAGGUGCUAGUGGAUGCAGAUGAUGAACAGUGCCUUAUCGAAGAGGCAACAGUCCUGAACACAAAAGAUUUGAAGACAAAAGAAGUCGUUAUUGAACCACCCGCCAUACCGAAGCGAAAUACCCUAAGAACGUCCCGUCUCCUUGACAACUUGAAGCUUAACUCUAUCGAAUCCGCUACCAAGUCCCUUAACACUACACACAAUGUCUACCUGUCAUCUGAAGAGGACGCUUCCUCUUCCGCCGACGAAUACUCAGAUGACGACUACGAAUCCUCGAGUGAAGAGUCUGAUCAAUCAUCAGUGAGGAGAGAGAGCCAGGAGAUUACCGCGCGUGUUGUAUCAGUGGUGUUCGUGGGUAAGCCCUGUGUAGUCGAGCUGGCCAGCAGCCGGCGGUCAGUAUCCCCUGCCAAGAGGCCUCAGUCCGAAUUCUUUGGACGCUCGGUAUCAUCGCCAUUUGGAAGAGAUUCACCACAGAGCCGCCCAGACUGCCCACAAAGAAAAAUCAGUUUGGCGUCGAUCAACGACCUACCCAAGCAAUCCCCUAGCUUCCUCAGCCAGGACCCCUUCAGUGCUAGCCCAUACACACGACGUGGAUCAGGCUUAACAAUUGAGACUAACUCGUCCGGAACAUUCUCACGGGUACCCAGGACACCGACUCAAGCUGCUUUCCAACGUAUUCAGAAAACCAUUAGCCUAGCCAGGAAGCGAAGCCGACCAAAUCUCAAGGCUGCUGCUGAGAGCAAUGCAUCGAUGAGCAGCCUCAAUUUACCGAACCUCAACACGUCACAAGAGUCUCAGGAGUCUAACAAAUUAGAUACCGCCUCACCAGCAGCGGCGCAGUCACCGGUAACCUACAACGAGAUCCUCAAAGUUGCACGGAGGAAGUCUAUCAGUGCUUCCGCUGUUACAACUAUUGCACAAUCGCCAACAGUAGAGAGCCUACCAGCAUCGCCUAUGACUCUCAACCCAGCGAAACGGAGCUUACUUAGCGGCCUCAACAUGAACCGUCGACGAAGUAUGAGGAUAAAGAUAUAAUACCUCUUCGCAUCUUCCAUUUCCAUUCUCACAUUCUCUCGAUCCUUAAUCUCACUUACACUCUUAACUCUACUCUUAUCUUCUGCGGUUAAAAGGGGCCCACGAGGCAACAAGGCGCUCGCUCAUGGAUGAGCAGGUAACCGGGUGAUAUCAU